AUGGGGAGGCUGUUUUUUAUUACUCUUGAAGGAAGAAUUUAUAGCUGUAAGCACUGCCAUGUCCAUCUCGGUGUCGCUGAGGACAUCAUUUCUAAGUCUUUCCACUGCAGGCAUGGAAAGGCUUAUCUCUUUGAUCAGGUUGUGAACAUCACAGUUGGUGAGAAGGAAGACCGAAUGAUGAUGACUGGACUGCACACUGUUGUUGACAUAUUCUGUGUUGGCUGUGGCUCAAUUGUAGGGUGGAAAUAUGAAACUGCACAAGAGAAAAUCCAGAAAUACAAGGAAGGAAAAUUUAUUCUUGAAAGGUUUAAGGUGUUGGGUCCUGAUGGAAGCAAUUACUCGGGGAGUCCAGAAGCCCAAGUUGGUGGAAGUGAUGCAGAUGAUGUUUAAUUAGCCGCUGUUUGUUUAAGUGUAUAUUCUCUAUAUUCUAUAAUAUUUUCCAAGCUUGCAUCUUGCAUCUGGGAUUUUUAAUUGGUAGCUUCGCCAUUUUACAAGUUGUGCAAAUGGCUUUAGAACAGAUGGUAGGUUUCCAAUUUCAGUUGAUUUGGUAAUGAAAUCCUUGUAGAAGUUAGUUGCUAAUCCGAAAUUUUGU